AUGGCCGGCGGAAAUGUGCUAAACGACGACGUAACACUCAUCUCGGAGUCUUCGCCCACAGCGGUGAACGUCGAGGUAGCACGGCAAAAGCUUCGUCAGCGCGGGGAGUUGGCCUCAGUUCUCAAUUUCCUCAACGUUUUUGAGCCAGUGAUCAAGAGCAAUAUAAAAGUAUCUGCUGAAGAGAUAGAACAUGCGCUGAUUGAGCAGAACAAGAUGCUUGGUCAGCUUCACAAAUCACUUUUGAAGGGAAUACAUCCGGUGAGCAAAACACUCGACAGUCCUGAUGCUUGGGUGAUUGGUCUUAGUAAGAAACUUAUGAUGUGGUGGCCAUGGGUUGCUAAGGGAGAUUUUCCUUUAAAUGGAGCCAAAGGAGAGGAGAUAACUAUAUACAAAGAACUUGAUCCAACAGUUCGUCUACUUAUUCUUAAAGCACUUUGUGAAGUUCGAGCUGACCAAGAUGAUAUUGUGUCCUAUAUCAACGAGGCUAUAAAAAGUGGUACAGAAGUUUCUACUUUUCGAAAAGAUAAGCUUGCUGGAGAUGAACAUGGAACUGCAUUCUGGUAUGAUGGAAAUGCAACAAUUGGCUAUAGACUAUACAAAGAAGUUCACACUUUUGAAUCCAAGCCAAGAGUUAAAGCGAAGGAUACUGUACCAGCAAUCGACUCUCAGUGGGAAACCCUGGCAACAAAUCUUGAAGAGUUCCGCAAGAUUGUGGAUGAAUUGUCAUCCAGUGACAUUAAAUGGGAAGUUGCUGUUAGUAGGACUGUUGAAACUAAUGCCAUUCCUGUCCUUGAAAAACUUCAGAAGAAGAAACAGAGGGCACUGCAACGUCAGAAAAGAGAACAGAUGCUUCUGAAUGGUAUUCGAACUGUUGGAAUAACUCGGUCUUGCCGUAAUCUCAGGCCUAUUAAUUAUAGUUUUGAUGAUUAUGAUAGAGCCAUUAAAGAGGCCAUAAUAUAUACAAACAAAAGGAAGACAAGUGGAGCUUACUAUUCAGAUACUAACUCGAGGGAUAGUGGAUUGACUGAAACUGACAGUGAAAUGAACGAUCAUCAAGGAAAUGAUGACGAUGACACUGGCGAUGAAGGGCAUGAUUGUGUAAAGGAAGAUAAUGAUCAAAAGAAUGGAAGCAAAAAGAACGGAACAAAGCAGAAAAUAAUUCCGGUCCUUAGGCCUAAAGGGUUUCGGUCUAGUAAGAGACUAGCUGGAGUUCCUGUCCCUGCCGUUUCAGAAGGGCUAAACUUACGUGCAAAGAACCGGUUGAGACAACGACCUUCAGUUAAUACUGCUAUCGAAUCUCUUACUGUUCCAGACUCAGAAGAUGAAGAGGUGUCACGAGAAACAAGCAAAAGAGUCUCUGGGAAUUCAGUCCCGGUUGCUACUACCAAUACCAGGGACUGA